UUUCAUCCGAGUAUGUAUAUAGUGUGUAAACGCAGUCUGUUGCCCGGCAGCAGGUAUUUCUUAACGUCGUGCCCCUUGUUUACGAGCCUGCCAUUGGUUUAAAUAGGCUACGGAGGUUCUUCAACAGAAAUACCUGUGUGGUUAUAUAAGGUACAGAUUACGAUACGGAGGUCACAUUCCUUCCGAUUGUGAGUGACGGCGCGAGUGUUGUGAAAUUCAUUGGCAGCCCGCGCUUGGAAUCGACGUAUUUAAAACAUCUGCAAGAUUUUUUUUCUCUGAAGUAAUUAAGAUUUUUUCUCUGAAGUAAUUAAGACAUGUCAACAUUUACGGUUACCGUGGCCGCUCUGCUGUUGGCGGUCGCAGUUUCUGCAGACAGUCAUGACUUCACCCACCAUGCAUCUCUUAAAGACGACGACUACUACAUUCAUUGGAAGUUUGAUGACACUUCUAUCACGUUCAACGUGACGGCUCGCACCACGGGCUAUGUAGCCCUGGGGUUCUCUCCCUCAGGGGGAAUGAAAGGGGCAGACAUCAUCAUUGGAUGGGUGAAAGAUGGAAAGGUCACGAUACAGGAUCGCCAUGCAACGGGCAAACAACAACCGGUACUAGAUACGAAACAGGAUGUCGAGGUGCUGGGCGGCAGUGAGGACGGCACAUUUACGACACUGCUGUUCAAGAGGAAACGUCAGACAUGCGACGACCAGGACUUCGAAAUAACAGUAAGUGGAUGCCAUUGA